AUGACGACCACUGGACACAGUCACCAUCAAGUGCUCGUACCAAACAGUGAUGAGGAAUACCCUGCUACACCUGCUACAUCUGCUACACCUAAAAAAAAAUGUAAGAAACGUUUACGCCGCAAAUCUGAGUGGUCAGACGUUAAGCGAAAAUGCCUAAAAAAUAAUGGUAAGAAGCAUGUGACCAAAAGAGGUAAAGUAGUUGAUGAUAAAAUCUUGGGAGCUCCAUGUCACUGUCGGUAUCGCUGUUUUGAAAAAAUAUCUCACUCUCAAAGAUAUGAUUGUUUUCAAAGGUUCUGGCGUUUAGGAACCCGAGAAAAACAGUGGGAUUUUGUAGUUAAAUACUCAAAAAAGCAACCAAAGAACAUGCGUUUAAAUCGAGAAACACCAAACAAACGUCAAUUUACGUAUAAAUAUUUUUUACCCAUAACACCUACUUCCACCCAGAGUCAGAUUGAAAAUGUUAACGUCUGUAAAACUAUGUUUUUAAAUACACUUUCUGUAAGUAGUAAAAUAAUUAGAACAGCCUGGGAAAAAUACGAUGGCUGCACUGUUAUGGAAGAGGACAUGAGAGGACGCCACGCAAAUCACCAUCGCGUAAUAAAGCCUGACACCCUCAGAAGUGUGUGUGACCAUGUUCGAUCCUUUGUCCCGGUUGAAUCCCACUAUAUUCGGAAAUCAUCUACUAAACUUUAUCUGGACGGCAGUCUCACCAUUCCCAAAAUGUUUCAGCUAUAUAAAGAUUGGUUUGACAGUUCAAUUUACGCUAGCAAGGCAGAUACAGUACGCCAAUACAGAGAUUUAGUUAAUCAAAAUUUUAAUUUAGGAUUUUUUAUCCCUAAAAAAGACCAGUGUGAUGUCUGCCAUAUUUAUCGCAAUAAGACAGAUCGUACACACGAAGAGGAAGAUAGUUAUAACAAACAUUUACUAAAUAAAAAUACUGCACGCAAAUUUAAAGAUGUAGACAAACGUACCGCCGUAGAAUCUUGUGGCAAAAUCUUAUCGGCGGUUUUUGAUUUUCAAAAAGUAUUGUCAUGUCCUCAUGGGCAGGUUAGUGUUUUUUAUUAUAAGCGUAAAUUAUCUUGUUUAAACUUUACAAUUUUUGAUAUGGGAAAUAAAAAGGCUUGUUGUUAUAUGUGGGAUGACAGUCGCAAAGAGAGGUGCUAA